AGAGACGUUAUGUUGGAGAGAAAUAUUUUUAGUUAAACAAAAAAAAAACCGCCUUCUUAAUAUAAGCGGGACUCUGUUUUUUAUAGAAAGACGAUGGAGUUUGAGACGACGGAGACUGUGCGUUCGACACCGAGUCGCCAUGAGAAAAGUUUGGGGCUCCUCACCAUGAAGUUUGUCAGCCUGCUCCAAGAGGCGAAGGAUGGCGUCCUGGACCUGAAAGUGGCUGCAGACAGCUUGGCAGUGAAGCAGAAGAGAAGGAUAUACGACAUCACCAACGUACUGGAAGGAGUCGGGUUGAUCGAGAAGAAAAACAAGAACAUAAUCCAGUGGAGGGGAGAGAACUCAGGCAGCCAAACUCAGGAGGUGCUGGAUCAGGUGACGGUUUUGAAGGCCCAAAACUCUGAGCUGGAGGCUCAGGAGAAAGAGUUGGACCACCAGAAGGCAUGGCUAGAAGAGAACAUCAAACACUUUAACCACAAUCCCAUCACCACCGCUUAUAAAUUUGUCACACAUGAAGACAUCUGCAAUGCUUUCAGCGGGGACACUCUUCUUGCUGUUGUUGCUCCUGCUGGGACCCAGCUGGAGGUCCCACUACCUGAAACGGGCCAUAGCGGUCAGAAGAAGUACCAGGUGAACCUCCGCAGCCACUCGGCUCCCAUCCAGGUCAUGCUCAUCAACAGGGAUUCAGACUCCACAAUACCUGUGGUCUUCUCCGUACCACCAACUGAAGAAAUCUGUCCAAUGCCAACUCCACCCAGCACCCCAGCCAGCCUGCAGAGGUUUCCUCUCUGCACCUCCAUGUUUUCCAACACCACCUCCUCUUACUGCAGCCAGGACUCUCUCUGCUCAGACCACCAGAUGGUGCUGCCAGAACAUGAUGAAGUACUGACAUCAUCCACCCCUCCUGAUGUGCAGAUGGUGUGUCACAGUCAGUCAGCAGUAGAGUUGGAGCAGCAGCAGAUAGACCUGGCGGGCCCAGAGUUCCAGUCUGUACUGGACAUGAGCAGCCUGCUGAAGCUCAGCGCUGCUGGAGACCACAUGAAGGACGACAGAGACGGAGCUGUCGACCUAAUCGAUGAGCUAAUGUCCACUGAUGGAAUCGACUACAGCUUCAACCUGGAUGACAACGAGGGAGUGUGUGAUCUGUUUGAUGUGCAGAUCCUAAACUACUGAUGAGACGGAGGCCGGUCUCACACAGCCCCUCAGCAGUACACUCAGGAGGCACCUUCUGCCUCUAAGGACUGUUCAAAGAUGCCUUUUCCCUUUUUUUGUUUUAAUUGCACAGCUGGUGCUUAAACAUAAAUUGUCAUGUUAAACCUUGAUACACAUUUCCACUUGCCUGCUUCCUGCCACACAACUUUACAGUUUACGCCACUGGCUGUCUGCCUUUAGCCAACAAACAACAAAGUGCCUGAAUUUAUUUGCCAUGAGAUAUUUAUGAAGCCUCGGGUCAUAAUGUGUCCAAUUUAGUGUUUUACUGGGUAAAUAUCCACGACAUUCCAGAGAAAUAAGCCAGGAAAAAUCAUUCAGCCUCCCACUGCACUUUUGCAUUUUGGUAUUUUUCCACAUAUGGUGGAAAACCUGAGAACUGCUUACUUUCUGUUUAUCACUUGCUGGGAUUGUGAGAGCGUUUCCUUUCGUUGAUACAACUUGUAAUAUUUCAGUAUUGGCUUGUUUCUAACAUUUGAUACAGGGUUGAUGAACUUGUUCAGGGUAUGUAAGUAAGGAACUUUAAUUACAUGGAAAACAUAUUCCAUAGAUAUAUUUGAUAAAAUGGCAUUAUAUUGUAUUUAAUGAGUGAAUGUUUCGGUUACAUUUUGUAACCUUGUUCUCAUGUGAAAAUGCCAGAAAUAUUUGUUUUCUAAAUUAUUGUGAUACUGCCAUUUUAGGCCUCUAAAUUUUGUUUUUUAAAUGUUUUAUAUAAUUGGUUAUAUAUUUGAAUGACUUUUUUUUAAAAAUUUAAUUUAAGAAAAAAAUUCUUGGUUCUAGUUUGUUAAAAGUGAAGCUGGUUGGCUGCCUUAAUUGUAUUAAGAAGUGAAUUAGCCAUUUUUCUGAUCUGACAUGUCAGAUGUUAAAAAAUGUUUUUCUAUAUUUAUAGUAUUCCUUGAUUAAAAGACGCCAUGGUUUGUUUUUUUUACAUUUUGUUUAUUUGCACAUUUCUGAAAGUUUUUUCAAUAAAUGAAUUUGAUCUCGA